CUGAGAGGCAUAGUAUCACUUGGGGAAGAUGAGCGACGUCUCCAAGUUGCACCAGAAGCCUCGCCGGCGCCGGCCACGAGAACCUGGCGGCUAUAUAGGCGUCCGCCGGCGGCCAUGGGGGAGAUAUGCGGCGGAGAUUCGAAAUCCGAACACCAAAGAGAGGCACUGGCUUGGUACGUUUGAUACGGCCGAAGAAGCUGCAAUUGCCUAUGAUCUCACUUCCAUCUCGUUCAGCGGCCUCGGUAAAGCUCGCACCAACUUUGCCUACCCGAUGUUUGCUCCCCCACCUGCACCGCCGCAGGCGGUGGUCGAAGACACCGGGGGCCGGCCUUCCCGGGAUGAAGACUGGCUUGUUGUUGGUGAUGACGAUGACGACGAUUCAUGGACUAUAGCUACCAUUCUGCAAAGUUUUCAUCCUAGGCAUGCUAAGUGUCCUCCUACUCUACUUGAUCCUCUUAGCUCUUGUUCCUCUAAUAAUUGA